CCUGUCAGGCACAUUUCUCUCGCACUAAACGAAGAAAGAAAUCUCUAAACAUGUCUGGACGUGGAAAGACCGGUGCCGGCAAGACCAGAGCAAAGGCCAAGACUCGCUCAUCUCGUGCCGGACUCCAGUUCCCCGUCGGCCGUGUCCACAGGCUGCUGAGGAAGGGCAACUACGCCGAGCGUGUCGGUGCCGGCGCCCCAGUCUACCUGGCCGCGGUGCUCGAGUACCUGACCGCUGAGAUCCUGGAGUUGGCCGGCAACGCCGCCCGCGACAACAAGAAGACCAGGAUCAUCCCCAGGCACUUGCAGCUGGCCGUCCGCAACGACGAGGAGCUCAACAAACUGCUCGGCGGAGUCACCAUCGCUCAGGGCGGUGUGCUGCCCAACAUCCAGGCCGUCCUCCUGCCCAAGAAGACCGAGAAGCCCGCCAAGAAGUAAACGGCAAAGGCCUCGCCUCAACACAAACACCAACGGCUCUUUUAAGAGCCACACACCUGCUCUUGAAAAGCACCUGUUUCUACACUAUCACUGAUACAAAGGAAGAAAACUAUAUUUUCACGUCUCUGCUUUUGAAUUUAGUUUAAGCAAAGUGUCAAAACACUAAUUUCUACUAGAUCUAUAUGGUAUAGUGAUAAAUCCAUGAUGUUGGUGUCUGCUAGUAAACUGGCCCAAAUGACUAAACUGAGCUGUGGUGGGGGGGGUGGCAAAAUUCACAAACUAUAUGUUGUCACAUAAUGUAUCCUCAUUUGUAUUGCUAUGUAUAAAAAGUGCAAGUUAACUUUGUCCAUAGGGACAAAACUAUUACAAAAAAACACUGCUAAUACCAUUGUUUAUUGUAGGUAAACGUAGAUUAAUAAUGGUAACUCUUAACAGUCAGAAAGACGGAAAUAUUUGUCAUUUGUUUAUAGAAGUGUAUUUUUGCUAAUUUUCAAAAAAAGGAAAUUAAAAGAUUGGAGAACUGCCGAGUUUGGCACCGCCCACCGAAACCCGUGCCCUCAUGUCUUCGCUUACGUCCGCAGUUAUGAUAUAAAUACCGAGCGUCUGGCCACGAGCAGCACUUUCAUCUUUGUCUAAACACA